GACAGACUAGGCAAUUCAUGGUAAAAUUGCAAAGAUAGAAUAAAAUCAAUGGACAACUGCAUAAAAUUGAGUGAACUAAAAGUUGACCCUAUUGCACUUGCUCCAAUUGGACAAGGAAGCUAUGGAACAGUUUACGAAGCUUGGCAUAACCGCCAUCACUCAGUUGCUGUGAAGAUUUGCCGUAUACAUAUGGAUGAACAGAAUUUUCAAGAAGAAAAAGAGUUAAAUAAAAGGGCCACCGAUGAAAAUGCAUGUGUUCCUUACUUUGGUUUUAUUUCGGAAUACUACCGUGGCUUGUUAUAUAAUGGUCUUGUGUUCAAAUUCAUGGAGUGCGGCUCCUUGGGUGAUCUUCUGCAUAGGCACAAUGUGUAUCCAGACAACUGUCUCGCCUUUCGAAUGCUGCACGAAAUAGCAGUUGCAAUGAACAAGUUGCACGAGAUAAAUGCGGAUCAAAGAUUGUUGCAUUGUGACCUGAAGCCUUGCAAUAUUUUACUUGAUAUAGAUCUUCAUGCACAUGUAAGGUUAAAGUUUCGGUGCCGUGGCAAAGUGAUUACUGAUUUUGGUGCUGCCCGAUUCUCAACAGUGACCGAGAAUAGAGAUCGAGUAAUAAAACAGGAUCCUAACAGCAUGAGAACUAUAGCAUACUGUGCACCAGAAUUUUUUAGUGACAACUUCAGAAGAACUUCAAAAUAUGAUGUGUACAGUUUCUCCAUUCUUGCUUGGGAAUUACUUGCUCGUGAGAUACCUUACAGAGGUCAAUCAAACAAUGACAUUCCGCCUAGAGUUUUAGCAAAUUGUAGACCUGACCUGAACUUAUUAAGAGGCACAAUAGACAAUUAUGAAGCUUUUGAACAUUUUUUAAGAAGAUGUUGGGCUCAAAAUUCAAAUGACAGGCCAACCUUUCUUGACAUUGCAACGGAAUUGAAACCUCUAACACAUACGGAUGAAGAAGUAUUACAACAUGCUGUUAUGCAAGCAAAACAAGAACUUCUGACAAAAUUGAACAGACUGUCAUUCCAACGAAGCUUAGAAAACUAUAGGUAUAAUUUUACGGAAGUUUUCACGGGACAUCACCCAACAGCAGAGCAAAGUAAAAGAAUGGAGAUUGGUGAUAAUUUGGCAGCACAACCCGACAAUAACCAGCAUAUAGCGCAAAAUGAAAAUGAUCAGCUAUCUGUUGGAGAUCGCAACUUAACUGAUGAAGAUUGUAGACGGCUUGGAAAGAACUAUGCACGCUCUUGGGAAACACUGGCUUCUGAUCUUGGCAUUUCAUUUGCUCAAAUAGAUAAUAUCAAGCAAGAUCACAGGAGAAAUGAAGAAAGAAAAAUAGCUGUGUUUCAAAAAUGGAAAGAAAUAGACCCAAAUCCAACAGUCCGUAACCUUAUCCAAAAACUGCGCCAAAUCAAAGUUGAUAUUGACUGUUAUUCGUUUCUGGAUCCUGACAGAGUUAUUCGUGAUGAUCUAAGAAAUGAAGGAGCUUAGAAUUAGAUAAAUAUACUUUUUUGCCCAAUCACUGUAUUUGUAUACAAUUUUACAAUCUAUUAAAAUGAUUUUUAAAUAUGCCGGCCUGUGUCUAUAAUGUUUGAAGCAAACAAUCAUUUUCUAAUUGGUUUAGGUUCAAUUUUUUUAAUGGUUGUUUUUUUAUAAUAUUAGUGAACUUUUUACUAGUUGUGGCCAAAUUCUGUUUUAAUAUUGUCUUAUUUUAUGUCGUGUGUAAAUGUUCCUGAUUAUCGAAUGAGAUUGAAUAGAAUAAAUUAUUCAAAAAACUGU